UCAUUUUUUGUUGGUGGCUAUCCGCAGAUAACGUGAUCAUGACGGCAUGGGCUAAAGGCGAGGAAAAGUUUCAAAGAAUAAAAAAUUGGUGAUAAAGACGGUUUACUGUACGUUUGCGUGUAUACAACCAAUUCAAAAUUCAAAUUUACGGUGCUCAUUUCCCCCAAAUUCGUUUCCAUGGUGCAAAACUGAUACGUUCGAAGAAUGAUUCUGAACGUGGCUAACUUUUAAUUAAAUUCGACGCAGUAUCACUCAUUCUCCAUCGUGGUUACGAUGAAGACGAAAUUUAAGAUCAUAGGGCUGGCUCUUGCACUUGUUGCGGUAACCUGGGUGUACAGGGAAUACGGAAGAAAUGGUGUACAAGACAAUAUUAAGAUCCUACCAAUAAGCCUGAAUCUUGGCCAAGGAGGAAAUUAUGAUCCUGUGCUUAGAAAAGAGGGAUCCGAUUCGCAGGAAUUAAACCCCUUUCACUCUUCAAUGGAAGCUAGACAGAACGCACGCAAACGGCUGAUUGAGGAGUUCUGUAGAAAGACUGGGCACAAUACCAUGCCAGUCCCACGUCACAUCGACGUGAUCGAAUCUCUAAAUAUGCUCUACUGUGUUACGCCAAAAGUCGGAUCCAGGCAAUGGAGAGCAAUGCUGCUUCGUUUUACAGAUGGACCACCCCAUGAGACUCUUCUGGACUACCCUCAAGACCACCGGGAACACAUGCUGAAAAACUAUUUCAAGUUUACAUUUGUUCGGGAGCCCUUCGAGCGACUUCUCUCCGCAUACAAGGACAAGUUUGUGUACAUCCGGGGCAUUGACCAUCGAAUGUUGAAACUUCAUGGACGAGAGAUUCUCAAGCACUUCCGGCCCAACGCAACUGAGCAUGCGCGUGAAAAGCUCGAUGACAUCACUUUCAAGGAAUUUAUAGAAUAUUUAGUGACCAAGGGAAGCAAUGAGAGCAGUCCGAUAAUGGACUGGCAUUGGGACAACUACUUGCAUACUUGUGGCAUGUGUGCAAUGAAGUACGACUUCAUUGGUCAUUAUGAAACCUUUAAUCAAGAUAUUGAAGAUUUCAAAAAAGCAGCAAAGUUAUCUCCUGAUCAAGCAAAACGUUUUAAGGCUCAAGAGAAAAAUAUCUCCAGUACAGCUACAUCUAUGCUCGGUUACUACUCGAAGCUUCCCUUAAAAUGGAUCAACAAGUUAGCUGACUUAUACAGGCCCACCUUGGAAAUGUUUGACUACAAGUUCCCAGGGCCUCUUAAGACUCUUUUUGAAAACGAGGCCAAUUAGUGAGAAGCUACUUUUAUUUUUUUUGUGAAGUAACAACAAUGUUUAAAGGAUCUUUUUUUUUACUUCCAGGAGGCAUCGUCUCAAAAUAACGCAUUUAUCUGUUUAGCAACUGUAAUGUAACUUAAAUUUGCUAAGCUUGAAAUUGGCCUGUGCACCAGAAAGGAAUGACCGGUGAUUGUUGCGUUUUCAAAUUUCUCCGGCGUAGUGUCGACGGGUCCGAAGUACAAAAGUAGUCAGUAACCUAUAUAACAAGUUCAAAAUUCAAUUUCACAUCGUUUUAUUAAUAUAUAUGUAGGAAAUUUAUGUACCAUGAAGGUUGAAAGAUUAAUACGUUUAAAAAUGUUAAAAAAAAUUAAAGGAAAGGGAGCUGAAACAUAGCUAGUGCCAAGAAAUCAAUGAAGUAACUACUUUGUAAUUAACUACUGCCAAGUAUGUUUAUGAAAUUUUCCAUUCUUCCGAGUCAAUCACGAAGAAAUUGCAAGAAAGAUAAAUAAAUAUAAAAGAAUUUUAAGUACAGAUAUUAAUGACAAAAUAGUUUUUGUAAUUUUCAAAUUUGUCCUCGUGCUCAUUAUUGGUUCCAGUCUGUACUUCAUAUAUGCGUCACUAUACUUUGCUGGGAGUAAUUAAUGUUCUAUGUUAAGAGUGCCUAGGGCGUACAGAGGCGUCAUAACUAGGGACGAGACGACACCCUCUGAAGAAAUCCAAACAUUUAUCAUAAAUGGAGAUUUCCGUUGCAAUUGAACAUAGCCGCUGGAAUAUGACUUAGAAACGAUUAGAUGCUCUUUUAUCUCUUUAAAUUUACACACUGCUGUAUUUUGUAAACGUCCAACAGCGCAGUGGCUUCAUAAGUUCCAAUCAAGAUUGCAAAAAUAAAUAAACCUGGCGACCCGCGGGAAAUUUGAACUCCUAACAUAACAAAAACGAAACUCCCAAUAUUCAGAAGAGACAGGUAAGACUUAUUUACUUGAAGCCGCUGAAACGAUUGAACGCAAACAAAGCUAAGCGUAUUUCCAUAUUAAACAUUUUAUUGUAUUUCUCUAAACGGAAACUUCUGAUUUGGAACAUAAAUAAAUAACUUUAAUUACAUGUCAAAUACAUCUAGUGCGAUAGGCACUAAUUGUGGACACACUAAAUUAUAGAACAUAAAAAAUUUACUCAGAAUUUACAUUAGCUGCUAGAUAAUUCAUAAAGAUGCUAAUAGGAUUCUUCGCUCGCUAACCUUCUUUGUAAGUUCAAUUUUCAUGCAUGAAUAUACGUAUUGGACAGGUAAA